AAGCCUCCAGAAUUACUCAUAUAUACUCAAAAUAAAUGUCCAUUCCAAAUCUAACCAAAACGUCGUUCCAAACUAACAUUUUCCGCUCAAAAAACCAUUUUAAGCCAAAAAACGAGGAAAAUGCCUCGAAUCCUUCAAGUCAUGAACUUCCCAUUUUCUAACAUAGUCGUGCCCCAAUCAGAAAAUCCUAUGAGCAUCUAAAUUAGAUACUCUAUUGAAUGAAAACAAAAUGGAACCUUCAAAAUCUGGCCCUUUCGUACUGUAUUUGACAAGCACUGUAUUUGAGGCCCGUGUCCUACUGGUUUUUACCUCAGUUUUUAUCAAUUGACCGAAUGCAAUAAUUCACAUAUAAUUGAAUAGAGCAUUGAAAGGUACAUCUAGUGGCAUGCUUUUGUAUCAGCAUCGGUUGAUAUUAGUUGCACAAAAAAAAAUUUAAUUUUGUGAAAAUAGCUGGAAGAUGGGUCUUGGUUCUCCUACUUUUCACAAAUCAACCUUCUUGGAUUUAAAGAAGAGUUUUAGACGGUUAGGAGAAAAGAGUUUUUUCUCUACUAAUAUCAGCUGAUGCAGAUACAAAAGCGUGCCACUAGAUGUAACUUUCGAUGCUCUAUUCAAUCAUAUGUGAAUUACUGCAUUUGGUCAAUUGAUAAAAACUGAGGUAAACACCAGUAGAACACGGCGCUCAAUUACAGUGCUUGUUAUAAAACGCGUGUAAAAUCAUGAAAAACCAUCGCAAAGAGCUCGGCGACGUCUCAUUUUGUAGAAAAAUGUUUGCUCUACACCUGCAAUAUUUUGCCAGCUAAAACAGUACGCAGACCCUCUGGUGAAGACGGUUUUCUAGGAGACCCCUCUGUAGAAAUCCGUUUUCAAACUCAAGGGUCAAAUUUUGAAGGUUCGGUUUUGUUUUUAUUCAAUAGAGCGUCUAAAACUGUAGAUGCUCAUGGGAUUUUCUGAUUGGAGCACGACUUGUUACAAAAUGGGAAGUCCAUGACUUGAAGGAUUAGAGGCAUUUUCCUCGUUUUUUGGCUUAAAACGGCUCUUUGAGCGGAAAAUGUUACGGGGAUAGGAGAGAAAAGUUUUCGAAAAAAUCGAAAGUGACUCGACCAAGCUAGAGAUACGUCGUUUUGUUUAUUAAGUUCUCUACCUUACCUUAUCUUACUAUUACUUGUGUUGUCAUAUUCUAGCUUACCUUACUCUACCUUAACGUUUAUGUCGUCAGUCCCAGUUAAAAUGGCUUUUUUCUGACUUCUCAGAGAAAGAGUAUUUUCUCUGCUCUUGACUUUUGAAUGAAUAAUAGAAGGAUAGCUAGUUUUAUUUCACAACGAUCUAUAUAAUGCUUGAUCUAAUCUCUUACUUUUUUUUCAUUUUGAAAAAUGUGAAAAUAUUCACAGUAGUUUUACUAUUCAGCUAUUCCGUCAACUGAUUUGUUACAUUCAAAACUUUUUAUCAAUAGAAAGUUUCAAAGUAGUUUUACUAUUGAGCUGUUUAAUGAAGCCUUUAAAGGAUUUUUUGUAUUUUUAUGCACACACAUCACAGAAAUUACCGGUCAUGAACGCUUUAAAAAAUCGUUAACUAUAUUUUGAAGUUACAUAAAUAAUUUUUACUUUUUGUCUUAGAAAAACCCAAACCAACAUUGGAUCAAUUCAUUUUGAUGAUGUUUCCCUACAAUAUUGUCAAAUCAAGUUGGACAAGUCGAUAUCCCGGUCGUGCUGGUGAUUACAAACAUAAUCAAUUCACACCGGUUCAAAAAUACACAGCAGAUAAACGUCGAAAAUGCCUUGAACGUUUAGUGCACGAUGAAUUAGUGUCAUCACAAAUCAAAGGCAUCCUCCAAUUGUGCGACAAAAAUAACAAGUUAAAACAAACAGUUUCUGGCCAUUAUCGUUUAAUGCCGCCAAAAGAUUCCGUUAAACGUCAAAAAUUUAAAAGUAAUUUGGCCAAACGAGAAAUUGACGACUACAUUCAGAAAAGAAAAAAAUCUCUUCGUUUACCAUCAAAUUACUUGCCCACACAAGCCUUGAGCAAUUUCUAG